AGCUUCGCUCAACAACAACAUUCGUGUAAACACCGCCCUUUGAUCCCUGAAGAUACAUCUUACACGUGCAACGAUGGGUGUCUCUGAGCUCUGGUCCGUCCUGGAGCCGGUCCGGCAGUCUGUGCCGCUCUACAGUCUGUCAGGAAAGACCCUCGCCGUGGACCUCAGCCUGUGGGUCUGCGAGGCCCAGCACGUGCAGGGCAUGAUGGGAAGAGUCACCAAACCGCAUCUCAGGAACCUGUUCUUCCGCGUGUCCUCGCUCACGCUGAUGGGUGUGAAGCUGGUGUUUGUGAUGGAGGGAGACGCGCCGAGCAUCAAAGCCCAGACCAUGAGCAAACGCAGCGAGAUGAGAUACGGCGGAGCCAAGGCCAAACCCCCCGCUGCUAAAAACACCAGCAGAAGCCGAUUCAAGGCCGUGCUGAGAGAGUGCGCUGAGAUGCUGGACUCUCUGGGAGUGCCGUGGGUGUCGGCGGCGGGCGAAGCGGAGGCCAUGUGUGCUUAUCUGGACUCACGGGGCGCUGUGGACGGAUGCAUCACUAACGACGGAGACGUCUUCUUAUACGGCGCUCAGACCGUCUACAGGAACUUCAACAUGACUACAAAGGAUCCUCAGGUGGACUGCUAUCAGACGUCUCGUGUUCGGGCCGAACUCGGGCUCUCCAGAGACACUCUCGUGGGGCUGGCCGUUCUCCUCGGCUGCGACUACAUCCCCAAGGGCGUCGCCGGAGUCGGCAAAGAACAGACACUGAAGCUGAUUCAGAAUCUGAAAGGAAAAAGUCUUCUUCAGAAGUUCAUUGAGUGGGACGCAGACAGAGCUGAAAGGUCAGAGGUCGCGGUGAAGAAGGUCACGCACUGUCUGGUCUGUCGGCACCCUGGCUCGGCUAAAGCGCACGAGCGCAGCGGCUGUGUGUUCUGUGAGAGCGAGCGCUUCUGUUCGCCGCAGGACUACGAUUCCCAGUGUCCCUGUGAGUGGCACCGCACCGAACGCACUCGCCAGGCAUCCUCCGUCGAGGCCAGCAUCAAGAAGAAGACGCUGGCGUGUGAGCAGUUCCCCUUUACUGAGAUCAUCUGUGAGUUCUUGGUGCCGAAGGACAAACCCGUGCCGCCGUUCCGCCGGAGGAAACCCAACCUGCUGCUCCUGCAGACGUUUGCUCUGGAGAAGAUGGACUGGCCCAAACACUACAGCAGCGAGAAGCUUCUGGUGCUGAUGACCUACACUGAGCUCAUGAACCGCCGACACGGCCGAGACUCGCAGGCCCAGAUCCAGCCCAUCAGAAUAUAUAAACGGCGUGUUAGGAGCAGCGUCUCCUGCUUCGAGGUCGUCUGGAAGAAACCAGAUCACUAUGUGUUCGCUGAGGGCCGUGAGGAGCAGACGGAGGUGCACACGCUGGAGGAGGAGUCUCUCUUCAGCCUGGCGUUUCCCGGGAUCGUGCAGGACUUCCAGCGGGAGCGAGCCGGCGCUCAGGAGAACAACACCAAGAAAAGGAAGCCGAGAGCGAGGAAAGAGAAGCCGGCCGAUUCCCAUGAUGCCGUGUCGGAUCUCUUUGCUCAGAUGUCUCUGCAGACGGACGCGGAUCCAGACCCUGGAUCUACCCAGAAUCCUCCACAGCCUCCUCCUUCCCAGAAUUCCCUGUCAGAGUCGGCUCUGAUUGGCCAGCUGCAUCUCAGCAGUAUAGACUGGGACUCUUCGUCGUUCACCGCCUCGCCGUCCCAGAAGCCUCAGAGCGACAGAACUGACCCGAGACCUGCGGAAGACACAACCUGUUCUCUUAAAGAGCGAAUAAUCAUGAAACACACCCAGAAACAGCAGCCGAAGAGUCCAGAAUCUGAAGAAGACGACUGCCGUUCAAUCCCAGCUAACGUUCGCAAGACCAAAACAAGUACAGAUCCCACCGUUAAACCCAGCAGAAGCCCUCUCAGACCUGCAGCCAGGCCUCCGAAGAGCGUCUCGGGACGCAGAAAGCCUUCUGAGAACUGCAAGAGCGUGUGUAAGACGAGAGCCGUCGGUGACGACAGCGACGCGGAGAACCGACCCGGAUCACAGCAGCCCAGAAACACAGCCAGGGUCCCGCUCCGGACGCAGAAAUCAGCCGAGAGCCAGCAGACGAGCGUUAAAGCUGCGGAAGCACCAGAG